UUCGCUGAGUUUAUUGUUUAUGCAAUAUUGGAUUAUUCGAUUACAAUUUUCCAGGGUGUUUAUCCAGUUUUGUGUGUAUUAAUAAUAAUAAUCUUGUGUUUGUGCCUGGUGAAUAAUAAUUAUAUCUGUGUCUGCUACUGUUAUUCUUCUAUUCAUCGCAGUGUAUGAUUCACAGCUUCUUACAACUUUUUGAUCAUGGCUACAUGGACUGUAGUUAAAUUUCAAGAAGAGAAUUCUGUAGAGGCCAUACCAACAACUUGGCUGAUGGGCAAUAACAAUUGCUAUUGGCCUCCUUAUACACAAGAAAAAAUUCAACAUGCUAUAAAGAAACAUGAUCAACCAAACACUUGUUGGCCUCUACACAAAAUAGAAGUCUUUAAGAGUGGAACAUAUGACAACUACCUACAGGCCCGCAGUAAGGCCAAGAAGGCAGAGAUCGAUAGUGACUUGAACUCCGACUGUGAUUAUGAUAAGACCAAACGGAGAGCAAGGCAGAGAAGAAUAAUAUCAGAUGAUAGUUCUAAGUCAUCAGCAGAUGAGCUAGAGGAAAUUUCAUGGCAUAAAAAAUGCUCCCAGAAAAAAUUGCCCACCCCACCUAAAAUCCCUACAACAUCAAGCACAGAUGAUUCAGUACCAAGAAGUCAGCCUGAUCAUGUUACUGUUAUUCCUGCAAUACCGACUGCAAUACCUAUAUCUAUUAGCAGCAAAUCAAUUGAUGAGUUUUCCUGCUGUUGCUGUCCUGUUCACAAAAGUGGUGAUAGUUUAAGAAACAUUAUGAAGCAACAGAUACUUAUGAGGAAUAUAUUGACCCAAGUUGUUGAAGAAAUACAAAAUCUGAGAAUACCACAACCAUCAGCAAACAUCAAUGAAGAAUCACAUCAGUCCAUAUUUUUAAUGUUCAAUUUCUUUCCAAUUAAUUCAGAUGAACACCUUAUUCUUCUAGAGGAGUACUUAGGAACCGAAAAACACUUCAGAGCCACUGUUGAUGAAUUUUCUAAAUUAGGAGGAAGCAACUUAUAUGACUUCAUCAAGAGGUGUCUGAAUGUGGUUAUUUCAAAUUCAUUCGCAUCACAAUUCAGUUGGCAGGGAGCUAAGAAGAAAAGGGUCUUCAGAGAUCUGAAAUUGGCAAAACUGAUCUUGGUUGCAUCUGAGCAAAGCAAAUUAUCAGAUAACCAAAAAGCUACCGAGGAAGCUAUCAAAAAAUGGCUACGGAGAGCCAAAGAAAGGAGUGAACAUGGAAAAGGGCCAAACGAAAAUAACAAUUAAUUAGUAUAACUUCUGAUACUUGUUAUAUCUAUAUAUAAGAAUAUCUUUUAUUUUCUGUUUUCAAGAAUCAUUAUUUUUGUUAUUUUAUUCAGAAUAUAUUUCUUUUUAUUUCAAUAAACAAUUUUGAACAAUUCA